UGCCAUACUUGUUCAUUUCAUUCUUCUUGAAUUCUGGAAAAAGAGAAACACAGAUGCUAAGUUUUGUACCCAGCAUUUACUAGCUAAUAAGAGAGUUGGAUUAUGUAGGAUUUCAUCACCAACCUCUAAUAAUUUUCUGUGAUGGGCUUAGGCUGAUCGUCGCUGUUUAUCCUUCUGCACUUUGGUCUUCUCAUCUUCUUAAAACGUAAGCGAAAUGGAUUAUACGAUAACAGGUAGAUAAUCGCAACAUUGCAAAUGUACGAGUAUUAGUUGUCAAAUUUCAAAUCAUUAGAGACAAUAACAUGAGGAAAAACAAAUAUGUAAGAACAGAACACUAGCGAUUGCAAUCAGAUACUUUGACGAACUUGUUUCUGUGAAGUGAAGUUGUUCGCUUAGGAACUUUCUUUGCUUGGCUGUGAAUAUAAGUAUCAUUCAGAGGCUUUUGCCCUCCUUCAGGCUCUCCAACAUCGACCAAAUAAGCAUUGAACGUCUCACUGGAACAAACAACUUCAUUCUUGAAAGUCCUGCAUUCCAACAGCUGCUUGCUGUCAUCAUACAGCAUUACCUGUCAAAAAUCCAACCAUCAAUCACGGCAUGGCCUAAUCCACUUAGAACAAGCUCAAUCACGGAGAGCAUGACGACCAAAACCACAGAACAGAACAAUCCGUGAGGACAGUCAAAAUCGAAAACCUAUGAAGCAUCGAGCUGUUGCUAUCAAGCAUUUCUUCUACCUGCGGAGAGAAUAUACACCUGCCUAUAUGUUCACAGCUUGUUAACGCAUCAGAAGUGAAUUCUCAAGUCAUUCUCUAUCAUAAUCUCCACUGAUCAUAGUCUGAGCAGUGCAAUACCAAUGGCCGAGUCUGUUGUUUCGUUCGUGGUGGAGAAAAUAGGAAACCUGCUCAUCAACGAGGUAAAAUUCUUGAGGGGAGUGGAGGGCAAGGUCAAGGACCUGCACAGCGCGCUGAGGCAGGUCCAGGCCUUGCUGAGGGAUGUGGAUGCAAGACGAGAGCGCAAGGAAGCUGUAGAAGAAUGUGUCGCACAACUCCGAGACUUUGCCUAUGAUGCUGAGGACGUCAUCGAGAGAUACUACCUCAAAGCGUAUGCUUGCUUCAUGGCGAAGUGCUCGUGCGUGCAGGUUCAUGAGGUGGGGACAGAGAUCGAGGGCUUAAAAUCCAGAAUUUCCGAUAUUGGUAAUAAGAUGCAGAAAUAUGGCAUACAACCUCUGCAUGAGGGCGAACGCAAACGCGCGAGAGCUUCGCUGCCGAAACGGACUUAUGCCCAUUUCCAGGAGGAGGAUUUUGUCGGGAGGGAAGAUGGUAUCGAGGUGUUGGUGAACGAGCUGUUGAAGGAUGGAGAACAACAGAGAGUUAUUUCCAUUUGUGGAAUGGGUGGUUUGGGUAAAACCACUCUUGCUAAGAAAGUCUUUGCUCAUGACAAAGUGAAGAAGCAUUUUGAUGGUUUUGCUUGGGCUUGCAUAUCUCAAAAGUACCGUGUGAGGGAUAUCUUGGAGGGAAUUCUUGCUAAGUUGAACCCUGAUCAAGAGAAGGGGUUACGAAGAUGAAAGAUGACGAAUUGUUUGAAACUUUAUACAUGACCCAAAAACAAAAGAGAUGUAUUGUGGUUCUUGACGAUAUUUGGACCGAACAGGCAUGGGUUGGUCUUAGAAACGCAUUCCCAACCAAGGACACGAGAAGCAAGCUAUUGAUAACAACUCGCAAUAGAGAAGUAGCUCAGCAUAUCUAUCCUCAUUGUUUUCUCAAUGAACCUCAGUGCUUAUCACAAGAGGAGAGCUGGGUUCUGCUAAAGAAGAAGGUAUUCCCUCGAACAAAAGGAUUAGUUGUUGAAAUUUCUUCUGAUGGAUCCAGAGUUGGUCAAGAUAUUGUUGCGGGCCAAGCUGUAGAAGAUAUUGCAAGACAGUCAGAGAUAGAGGGACAAAUACCAGUAAUCACUGAAG